AUGCCUCCACGAAGAGUUGUACGACGAAGAGCGAAUAGGGCUCAGGCAUCAAAAAACCCGAACCCAGAAAAUGCCAACAUGGAUGCAGCUACGCUGUUGGGAAUUAAUCAAGCACAAGCUGAAGAGAUUGCUUGUCUUCGACAAGAACUUAAUCGGGCACCGGAUGUUGGGAGGCCCCCAGCCCAGCAAAUUGUGGAAGUGAGGCCACAACAACUCGUUCAACAAGAUCUGAUAUACAAAUAUUUUCGGAAGCUGCACCCUCCACCUUUCGAGGGAGGCGUGGAUCCGAUGGAAGCUGAAGAAUGGAUGAGCUCUAUGGAAUCUAUUUUCGAACUAAUGCAGUUGGAAGAUCAAGCUAAAGUAUCCUGUGCUACAUAUAUGCUGAUGAAGGAUGCCCGCAUCUGGUGGGAAAACACGAAGCUUAUCCAGGAUGUCAGAGCCAUGACAUGGGCGGAGUUCGUACAAGUUUUCAAUGAACAGUUUUAUAAUGAGACUAUCAGAGCUUCUAAGGUGGAUGAAUUUGUGAACCUGAUCCAGGGAAAUACUACUAUAGCCCUGUAUGCACAACAGUUCAACAGGCUGGCUAAGUUUGCUGGAAAUUUAGUGGCCAACGAGGAAGCUAAGGUCGACAAGUUCAUGAGAGGGCUCAAGCCAAUGAUUGCCCGAGAUGUAGAAAUGGCUAGUACGGAGAGGAUCACCUUUGUACAGGCAUUGAAACGAGCACUGAAAGCAGAAAGAAUGGAGGACAGGAUUUGGAAAGAAAGUGCAGCGAGAAGGGAAGCUCGCAAACCUAAUCAUCUGAGUAAUGACCACAAAAGGAAGACCCCUGAAGGUUCAAGAAGUAACAAUCAACCUGAGAAAAGGGCCAAAUCUGGAUUUCAGAAUCGACCAGCUCAGUUGGGACCAAGGAAAGAGAGUUCGCAUUGUAAUAAGUGCAACAAAAAACAUCCUGGGGAGUGCAGAGCUCACACCAGGAGUUGCUACAACUGUGGACAAGAGGGCCACUAUAAGAAGGAUUGUCCCAAAGGCAGGUCAGUCAAGGAAGCUGAGGCUAAACAAGAGGACAAGUUUUUACCGGCAUGGGUCUUCGCGCUGACGCAGAAGGAAGCUGAAGCCAGUACCUCGGUGGUCACAGGUCAGAUUCCUAUAGCCAAUCUCUUAUGCAAUGUGUUAGUUGAUUCGGGUGCUACCCAUUCUUUUAUAUCAACGUGCAUGAUAGAGAAAAUAGGAAGACCUAGAGAGGUGUUUUCGAUAGGCUUUAGUACGAUGUUGCCGUCUGGAGAGAUGAUGACAUCUAGAAGAUGGGUACGCGCGGUGCCGAUGACUAUAGACGGGCGAGAACUCUACGCUGACUUGAUUGAGCUGGCUAUGAAAGAGUAUGACGUGAUACUUGGAAUGGAUUGGCUCUCCAAGUAUAGUGCAACUAUCGAUUGUAGGAAAAAGAUCGUAGUGUUCCAACCCAAAGGGGAAGAGAAGUUCGUGUUCAAGGGAGAAAGUACGGGGCCCAAAACGCCAAUCAUCUCAGCGCUCAAAGCAAAGAAGAUGAUGGGAAAAGGGUGCCAAGCAUUCCUGGGUAGUAUAGUGGACACAACUAAGAACACACCACAAUGA